CCAAACCCCCUCGCCAGUACUCCCACCCACCUCCACCCCCUUAUUAUAUAAGUAUAUAACCACUCAUUUCCUGAUGCACCAAACCCCUAAAGAUACCCCUGGAUCACAAGCUAUUUACGAAAAUGGCACUCUCAAGCACCAAUUCUCUCCUACCCACCAAAUCCUUCCAAAUUCAAUCUCUCCCACCACCAUUAAAAUCUCUUCCGACCACCACCGCCGCCACCUCCUCCACCAGAGUCAUCCAGCCAAUCUUUGCCGUCCAUUCGCCGGACCCAUCAAAAACUCCGAUUGACAAGUCGUCGUCAUCAAAACCUUCAUCCCCUGCCACCGCCACCGCCGCCACCUCCACCACCACCACUCCAAAAGUCACCUCCACGACAAAAACCCCAGUUCCUAACAAAUGGAGCAUAGACAGCUGGAGAACCAAAAAGGCACUUCAACUUCCCGAAUACCCAGAUCAAACAGAGCUCGAUUCGGUGCUCCAAACCCUCGAUUCAUUCCCACCUAUUGUGUUCGCCGGAGAAGCACGCCACCUGGAGGAACGGCUCGGAGAGGCUGCCAUGGGAAAUGCGUUUCUUCUCCAGGGUGGUGAUUGUGCUGAGAGUUUCAAAGAGUUUAAUGCCAACAAUAUUCGUGAUACUUUCAGAGUGAUUCUUCAAAUGGGUGCUGUGUUGAUGUUCGGAGGUCAAAUGCCUGUCAUCAAGGUAGGAAGAAUGGCUGGUCAAUUUGCGAAACCCAGAUCAGAUAAUUUUGAGGAGAAAGAUGGAGUGAAGCUACCAAGUUACAGAGGAGAUAAUGUAAAUGGCGAUGCCUUUGACUUAAAGUCAAGAACACCAGAUCCUCAAAGAUUGAUUAGAGCAUAUUGUCAAUCUGCAGCCACUCUUAAUCUUUUGAGGGCUUUUGCCACCGGAGGGUAUGCUGCGAUGCAAAGGGUUACUCAAUGGAAUCUUGAUUUCACCGAGCAAAGCGAACAGGGUGAUAGGUACCUUGAGCUAGCUAGCCGAGUUGACGAGGCACUCGGGUUCAUGUCAGCUGUUGGGCUUACACCCGAUCACCCAAUCAUGACAACUACUGAUUUUUGGACAUCACACGAGUGCUUACACUUGCCUUAUGAACAAUCACUCACAAGACUAGAUUCAACUUCAAGUUUGUAUUAUGAUUGUUCGGCCCAUUUCUUAUGGGCCGGAGAGCGGACACGUCAGCUCGAUGGUGCACACGUUGAGUUCCUAAGAGGAAUCGCAAAUCCACUUGGAAUUAAGGUGAGUGACAAGAUGGAUCCGAAUGAGUUGGUGAAGCUUAUUGACAUCUUGAACCCUCAAAACAAGCCCGGGAGGAUUACAAUUAUAACAAGAAUGGGGGCGGAGAAUAUGAGGGUCAAACUUCCGCAUCUUAUUAGGGCGGCUCCAUCGGGACUCAAAACUCGUCCUUUUGAUGCUAUUAGGGCGGAAGUGAGAGCAUUCUUUGAUGUGCAUGAGCAAGAAGGAAGCCAUCCGGGAGGUGUUCAUCUUGAAAUGACGGGUCAAAAUGUGACCGAAUGCAUUGGUGGUUCAAGAACCGUGACAUUUGAUGACCUCAGCUCACGUUACCACACCCAUUGUGACCCACGGCUCAAUGCGUCUCAAUCAUUGGAGCUUGCUUUCAUCAUAGCCGAGCGACUUAGAAAGAGAAGAAUGGGUGUUCAACAAUCUUUGUCACUUUGAGAGUUUAUUGAUUGCUUGUGGUUUGAUUGUGUUAUGAAAGUUGUGGUUUGUUUUUAGUUUAAGAGAAGUAUGGUUUUGUAAUGUAUGUGUAUACUUGAAGAAGGUAAUGACUUCGAGAGUGGAAAUGAGGAAGUGAAAUAAGAAGUUAUGUAUGCAUUCGUACACAAAAUUUAUGCCAAUGUUAUAUAGUAAUGGACCAAUAUAUUAUAUAAUUGUAUGCAAUGGGUGGUUACAUACCUAAUAUUAUGAUUUUGAAAUUCAGGGAG